AUUUUUAUUUUUUAAUUUUUUCCGUCUCCCCACGUAUCGGCCCGGAAUUUACUAGACACAUAAACUUGUGACUAUAGACUCGUACGGAAUAAUAUGUUUGAUGGUUAGACCAAACUUUUAAAGGGUGUGGCUUUCGUCAUUAAAUACUUGGUUCAACAAUAUGUCUGACAAAAUGGGAAAUGAAGAACAGAGUAGCACCAGCCCGGCUGAUAAAAAAUGGGUUCAAUUUGAUGAAAAUAACGAUGUCAAAAGACAUGUUGAACCUAUUCCUCCUACACCAACAGUAUCAAACUACAAUGGAGCAGUCAUAGACACAGAAACUGUUCAAAUUGACAUUGAUAAACUAAAACAUUUGGCCCAGUCAAAAGUACCUGAUGCUGAAGGCCAAGUUGAAGAGUUGCAAAAAACUGUUAAUCCAACUAUGAGAAAUGUUAGUCUUGAUGAUCUUGAUGGAGCUGAUAAUUUAGCAACAGUUGUAGAUCCUUCAAUCUCCAGAGGAUUUUCAAAUGGUGAUGUAAUAGUGACUGUUUUACCAGUCAAUCAAAAGUGGCCUUGGAUAACUCCAGCCGAAUUUCGUCCAGAGCUUGUACCUGAAGAAUUGAUGGCAGAAGGACUUAGUUUGACAGUUGAAGAUUAUGUCCAGAUCAUGGAAAAUCUAGUACAUGAUGUUCGCUUUACAGCUUACAAUUUGUGCUACAAAAGGCUAUUGAUGGCUUGGCUUUUGGCUUCCUUUAUUGUUUUGCUCGGGUUGCUUUUCUCUGGCGCUAAAGGCAUCACUCUCUUUGGAUGCGGGGUGAUCUGGCUAAUCAUAAAUGCCGGAGCUAUUUUUGUCUGCAUGUGGAUGAAGAACAAAAUGAACCAUGGACUAGAAAAAGCGGUUGCUAAAGCGAAUCAAACAUUAACACGCCAUCGCAUUAUUUUAGGAGUUGACGAUCGUGGCAAGCUUUCGUGUCACAAAACCCAUCUUUGCUUCAUAUAUUUUGAUACAACGGACUGUGUGAGAAAAUUGCAAUCGCUUCUGGAUGCGGAAGAGCACACGAAUCGAUCGGAGACUAACGCGGAGGAUCUUCAACGCCAGAGACAGAUGCGCCAGCGAAUGGAUAUUGACGAUACUGACAUCGUAGUGGCUGGCGCCAACCCAAUUCGCAUAUCGCGAAAACAAGAGAGCGCUGAACGGCUGCUGUUACGCUACGCCCAAAGAUGGGCCAAGGAAUUCCUUCGUCACAGACUCGAUUGGAGUGUAGACGACAGCUACAAUACCUACAAUUCUGCUAACCCUUCCUUUGGAAUUGCCCCUCACGCCAACUAUCCCCGUCCCCGCCAUCAUAGCUCCGCCCUCUGCCUCUGCCAGUUUAUCGAAGAUUAUUUGAGAAACAAACCUCGCAAAGAUCCGCGCAGUUGUUGUUCUUGCUCCUGCGCGCCUCUCGAAUAACUCUAUUAGUGGCUUCCCUUGUCCUCCUCUCAUGCUCGUCUACUAUUAGAAUUAUGAUUAGUGUAGUCAAUUUUAAAUUUAACCUCUAGCAUCGCUUAUUUCUUGCAAUCUAUAUUUAACACUUCCCUUGCUAAACAACCAACCUCUUGAACCUGAAUGAGCAUUUUAAAACAUUCAUUGCCAAGACGACACAUUCUGCCGUAGAUGUUUCGUUUUUAUAUAUAUUAUAUACAUAUAUAUAUUUUCAAUUAAGUAGCAGAACAUCGUCAGUAGUUAAGAAACUUUGGUAAUCUGUAAAAAAAAACCCAUUUUCGAAACUCCGAUGAACCUUAAAUUUGUUGCCUUACCCCAAAGAGUUUUUCUUUAAAUGUUGGAUUGUUUUUGCAAAUGUCUUGUGUGUAGGCAAGGGCAGGCAUAUUGCUUCUUCGUUACAGCCAGAGAUGGGCUAAAGGAUUGGCUCGACAAAGCCUGGACUUGCAGCUGCUUGCAGCAAUCAAUGCCUACAAUGCCACAGGUCCAUAUUAAUUUCUUUAAAAUUUGCCCUUUGACCGACUUUAGUUCAUGCUUCAUCACAUUCCAUUUUUUUCCAAAUCUUAUUCGUUGAAAUCCAUACGAGUUUCAACGAUUUUAAACACAGUU